AUGUUCUUUUCCUUUUCCAUAGUUGGUUCUUUUUUAAUUGCUUCUGUGAAUGCCCUCACUUUUGAUCCAGAUUACUUCACUACAAUAUUAUAUGACAUUAUAUCUUUACGCUACUAUACAACCACAAUGUCAUUCGAAGGAAAUACCCUGAAGUAUAUUAUUCGUUCUAUGGCAUCUGAUUUAGAAAUUUUGCAAACUGCGAAAGAUUUCAGUGACUUUAGUAAUGCCUAUAUCAGUUACAAUUCUAAGUACAGAACUUUCAUCGAAGCGGCUUACUCUUCCUUUGGCUACUAUGACUAUGAUGCUGUGGAAGACGCCAAAUCAUUGAUCGACCGCUUGGCGCCCUAUUCGACUUAUUGGAAUAAUCCUUUUGUGACUUAUGACAUCCAAAAAGAAGAGUCUUUGGAAACGAUAUCUUUCUCUAGUCAUUUGCAGACAGCUCCCAAAACUACCUCAAGUUUCAGUUCUGAUACUGACACUGCUAGCAUCUCGAACUUGGGAGGUGUUGGCUUUGCUUCCGGGAUCCUUGAUUCUUCUUAUGUUGCUGAAGCUACAAGUGGUAUCAGUUUUUCAGAACUCUCUCAUUCUCCAUUCGAAUCCAAUCCCAUUAAGCCAGCAGUAACGUCUUUCGACGUAGCAUGUGGUCUCAGCAGUCCGUACCUGGCGUUAGCAAUGGUUUUUGGUGGUCUCUCAUUAUUAAUGUUCUAG